AGCAAAACCUCAAUAUACAUGAACCACGUAAAGUGUGAUUUACGGAAAUGUCAGAAUGCAGUAGUGACACUUUUGUUUUUAAUGCAAUUUUCUCGACCUCGAUAGCUCGAUCUGGUACUCAACUCUGAGGAAGGUGGUGACUUAUCCGAUUUCAUCAUGAACGGAGAAUGGUACCUCAUUGGUAUGCCAGGCAAAAAAAACACGAUUGUUUAUCAAUGCUGCCCAGAACCGUACGUCGAUGUAACCUUUACUAUACAAAUCCGUCGACGUACCCUGUACUACUUUUUCAACCUCAUAGUGCCAUGCGUCCUCAUAUCGAGUAUGGCACUACUUGGAUUCACCUUGCCUCCUGACUCGGGGGAAAAACUCACCCUAGGGGUGACCAUCUUACUGUCGUUGACGGUGUUCCUGAAUCUCGUUGCCGAGACCUUACCACAGGUCUCCGAUGCUAUACCCCUGUUAGGAACUUACUUCAAUUGCAUAAUGUUCAUGGUGGCAAGCAGUGUCGUCCUAACUGUUCUUGUCCUAAACUAUCACCAUCGCAAACCUGACAAUUACGAGAUGCCGAAUUGGACGAAAACCGUGUUUUUACAAUGGCUCCCUUGGAUACUGAGAAUGGACCGUCCCGGCAAGAAAAUCACGAGGAAGACGAUUCUCAUGAGCAACCGCAUGAAAGAGCUGGAACUUCAGGAGCGGAGCAGCAAAAGCCUACUGGCCAACGUUUUGGACAUAGAUGACGAUUUUCGACACAUAAACAGCGGCCAAAACCCCACGUCCACUUACCUGAGGUACUUCACGCACCACAUCACAAAACUACACUAA